UACGCCUGUGUGUUCCUCAAGGUAUCACAUUUUCUGUCUAUAUAUUCUCAAAGAAAACCUCCUCUUUUGUCACAAAGCACAAGGCUUUUAGCAGUUUUCUCCCUUCUCUAAGUCUCCAUUCCUUCUAAAACUAGCUUGUUACCUUACCUGCAAGAGAUACAGAGAGAGAUGGGUCUAUCUAUGAGAUUCCUAGUGUUUUUUUCAGUUCUUGCUCUCUCUCCUCUCUGUUUUGCACAUCCUCAACCAAAUGGAUAUCUCUACCCACAGUUUUAUGACUACUCAUGCCCCAGAGCGCAAGAGAUUGUGAAGUCUAUUGUUGCAAAAGCUUUUGCAAGGGAAGCAAGAAUGGCUGCUUCUCUGCUUCGGCUUCACUUCCAUGACUGCUUUGUCAAGGGCUGUGAUGCAUCCGUUCUUCUGGACAGCACUGGGACUUUCCUAAGUGAGAAGCGGUCCAACCCGAACCGGAAUUCGGCAAGAGGGUUCGAGGUCAUUGAUGAGAUCAAGUCUGCAUUGGAGGAGGAAUGCCCACUUACAGUGUCCUGUGCAGACAUCCUAGCCCUUGCAGCAAGAGAUUCUACAGUGCUGACUGGUGGUCCUAGCUGGGAGGUUCUACUGGGGAGGAGAGACUCACUGGGGCCAAGCUUAAGUGGCUCCAACAACAACAUUCCAGCUCCCAACAACACACUUCCCACCAUUAUCACCAAGUUUAAGCUCCAAGGCCUUGACCUUGUCGAUCUGGUCGCCCUCUCUGGCAGCCACACAAUCGGGCAAUCUCGAUGCACCAGCUUCCGCCAGAGGCUCUACAACCAGACUGGCAAUGGCCUCCCUGAUGGUACACUCGAUGCAGCCUAUGCCGCCCAGCUGCGGACCCGAUGCCCGCGGUCAGGUGGUGACCAGAACCUCUUCCCAUUGGACUUUGUGAGCCCCAUCAAGUUUGAUAACAACUACUACAAGAACCUCAUGGCUUGGAAGGGCCUCCUCAGCUCCGAUGAGGUCCUCUUCACCGACAGUGCUGCAACCAUGCAGCUGGUGAAGCUGUAUGCAGAGAACAAUGAGCUCUUCUUCGAGCAAUUUGCGAAGUCCAUGGUGAAGAUGGGCAACAUCUCCCCUCUCACUGGGUUAUGGGGAGAGAUAAGGAAGAACUGCAGGAAGAUUAACCAUUAAGUAAUAGUCCAUGUGGGAAUUGUCUUGUUCUUCCUUUCAUUGUAGCUUGUUCUGUUUUAUGCGUGUGAGCUGCAUGCUGUUGUUGUUGGUUCACUUCUCGUAGUGGCAUAUCUUCGUUAGUGAAGCUUUCAACACGAUCAAUAAAUUUGGACUUUAAAAACAA